AUGAACAUCUCAAAACUUCUGUCCAAAUCUGAGCAGCAAUACGUCCAAAAUUUGAUUCCUCCAAAUAAUAAUGCACGGAGCGUUUGCGUCGCUCGUCUUUAUUAUGGACAGAAAGGUCAGUGGAAGUUGCAAUCUUCAGGAAUCGUUACUCUGGAAAAACAAGCAGACUCAGGCAAUGUAGCAAUUCGGUUUUAUGACUGGGAGGGAGGCCGUGUAGUUAACACAACAAACCUCUACCUGGAGAUGCAAUACCAUGUUCAAACCGCCAAAUUUCAUACAUUUGCGGGCGAAUCUGGACCAGUCGGUUUGGCAUUUGCCGAUUCGAGGGAAGCUGAGGCCUACUACUGCUCUCUCAAAUAUGAACUUUCUUCACCUUCUGGCGGAGGCCGCAUAAACAAUAAACCCCCCGGCCAAGGAAAGACCAAGUUUACUGGUCUCGCUAGACGGGCAAUAAUGAGCAAUAAUGUGAACGUUGCGUUUCAUGGUUUCAAACACGUCCAGCAUGUUGGCUUGGAUUCAAAUGGAGAAGAAUUAAAAAUCCAGGCGCGUGAUGAGGAGGUAGCAGCACAACUUCUUGCCUUACUUGGGAUAAAAGUAGAGUCUAAGGAGGAUAUGAAUAUUGUCUACAAUGUAAUCCAAAGCCACGGAUCCAAUGAGGUCAGACAAGCACUGGAUGCACGUCGCGACCGCCAAGACUCACAUAAUUAUCAGAGUGCCAAUGAAGUCUCACUGAUUCCUUCACAAAACGGGCCUGUUCCACCACCGCCGCCACCACCUCCUCCCCCUCCUUCUCUGGCUGCGGCACCUCAAUCUGCCGAAGCAGGCCGCGAGAGCUUGCUCAAUUCCAUCACUCAAUUUAAAUCGACCAUGUUGAAACCGGUAGAAGAACAUUUUUGA